AUGGUCGAGCUAUGGGAUCCCAGCAUCGGCUACGCCAGUGUUUGGUCCCUCCUAGGGCACAAUCACCCCGUUACUUCGGUCCGAUUCCUCCGUCCAGGGGGUUCUAAGCUUGCGUCAAGUGGGAGAGAUGGCACCAUUCGAAUCUGGAAUGCCUUGACUGGCGCUUGCAUCCGGACGGUCUGUACAGAGAGUGGCUGGGUUCGUGAUAUAUCACCGUCUUCGGAUGGGAGAUGGCUUGUGUCUGCUGGAGACGAUAACACUGCCACGCUAUGGGAAAUCUCCACAGGGGCCAUCCGCUCUAUUUUCCGAGGACAUGAGCUGCGCGUCGAGUGUUGCAUAUUGGCGCCCCCCGAAAGCUACUCUUUUCUCGCUGGGAUGGCGCACCUGAGGGGGAGGUGGAAACCUCCCACACCCUCCUCUGCUGAAUUUGUCGUCACAGGCAGCAGAGACCGAACAAUCAAUAUCUGGGACGCCAAUGGUCCACUGGUCCAAACUUUGAUCGGUCAUGAUAGCUGGGUCAGAGGUCUUGCUUUCUCUCCCUGUGGGCGGUUUCUGCUGAGCGUCGGAGACGACGGGACGAUUCGAUUCUGGGACCUUGCAGCUUUCGGGCGGCUGGUCCAUGUGAUCGAAGAUCAGAAGGACUUCGUCAACUGCAUCCAAUGGGUCCCCGCUUAUUUUAGUUCCUCUAAGUCGUCUAAGGCUUUGACGGGGGUCCAUUUGAAGCGAGGGAGGUCUGAAACACGGUGUGUCUUCGUGACGGGGGUAGUGACAGAAUUCUCAAGGUCUACAUGCAAUAGCUCCAACUCAGACUUACAAGCGACUACCAGAUAA